AUGGACGUGGACAACACCCUAUUGGACUUAUACUACGAAUACUUUCAUCGCAGCCAUCCAUUUGUCCUGCCGCGGCCCAAUCUUCAAGCGAAGCUAGCGUUGGAAUGCUCCAGCAUACGGGCGCUGCUCGCCGUCAUGCAAUGCAUUGGUUCAUCUUACGGGGAGUCUUCCUUGCGAAGGGAAUGCCUAGCAGACGAGCAAAUCGUUGACGUGGUAGACGGAUUCGUGGUUCAAACGACACUAUUAAUGGCGCUGGCCAAGAGCAUGUGUGCUGAGCGGGCUGCCUCCGAGACGCUUCUGGAAAAAGCAAUCGAGCAAGCGAGGCUGAUCGGGAUGCACACCAAAGCUUUCGCCGAUGUGGCCGCCGAGAACGACCCUACGCUCGCCGAGAGCUGGAGGCGGACAUGGUGGAUGCUCUACUUGGCUGACCAGAACUUUUCCGUUAUUCGGUAUGACUUCAUUACAUCGAUUUAUGAUACAGACCACGAUGUCGACAUACCUUGUGAUGACCAUGAUUACUGCUCCACGAAUAUACCGCAAACGACCCUCUCCUACACCGAUUACCGAAACCGAGAGUACGCGCUAGAGACCACAAGCUUUUCAUCCUUUGCCUAUCUUAUCGAUGCAACGCGAAUCUUUGUCUCCUCAUUGAGAGUGGCUACGCAAUACGAAAACCUGCAAAAGGCGGAACUCUCCUGUAGCGACCUGGAGGCUUCUAUCGUUGGUUGGUUUAUCAUGCUUCCGCCCGACAAAUGGGAGCUUGCCGUACAGCCAGUUCUCUUAGAUCAGCUCAUCUUCCAAGCCCACAUGAUGAUGUAUACAGCUCUGGCGUAUAUCCAUCGGCCAUUAUCGAACCUCCAACACGAUCCCGCCGAAGACUUGUCAAGCUGUGGCACACCUCCGCCGCCUCUAGUUCCCAGCAUGAUAACUACGGGUGCGUUCAACCAUAGAACGCACUCGGACAAGCUGUUCCAAGCCGUCCGCAAUCAAAACCAGUGCUUGACCCUCUUACCUUUAGGUGCCGCCCAGCUUUCGCCGUUUCUCAUUUGCAUGAUAGCGUGCUGCACAAUUGCCUACCUGGUGGCCUGCAAGUCGGGAUUCACGCCGGAGGAAGUUGAGGUGGCGCGAUCGCGUAUACGUGUCUGCCUGGGUACGCUCAAGCAUUAUGAAAAUAUCUGGCCCAGAGCCAAGAAUAUCUUGCGUGAGCUGCGAGUCAUCGCCAAUGCUCUUAUGCGAGAGGAUGCGGUCCCUCGACCUCUAGUCGGAUUUGACACUCUCUCUGAACAGGAUGCGAUAUUUUCCAAUAUAUUUGACGGAGAAUGGUUUAAUGCAUUAGAUACCAUGGCCUAA